AUGAAAGGCAAAAUUGCCAUUGCAGCCGUGCAGAGAGCCUCGCAGCCCAGGCCCCGAGCCAAGCCGGGCGCUCGCCCCUCCGCAGCCGCCGCCUCCUCCUCCUCCAGCCUCGCUCCACCUCCCUCUCCGCCCGGCUCGCUCCACCCCCGGCUCGGCGGCGGCGUCGCUGCCGUCCCCCCCUCCCCGAGCAGCGGCAGCAGCAGGCCGGGCCCGGGAAAGCAGCGGCCGCCCCAGCGCCGUCCUCCUCCAAGCCGCCGCCCGCCCGCCAUGGCCCGCGCGGGGGCCUCCUCUUUCUCCUCGCUGCUGCCGCCCCUGAGCCUCGAGGGAGACGAGGACGACGACGACGAGGAGGAGGAGGAGGAAGAGGAGCCGCCCCCGUCGCGGGCCUUGGUGCCCCGCUCCUCCCCGGUGCCCCGGCCCCAGCACCCGCCCGCGCCUGGCAACGGCAGCUCCUCAGACGAGGAGGCCCCGCUCUCCCAGCAGGCCCCGCAGAAUGGCCAUGGGCAGCCCUCCCAGAAUCCUCCGGGGCAACCAGAGGCCUGCUCCCCUCAGGGAGCCCUCCCGCCCACCGCUGGGCGCCACGUGCUCUUCGCCGACGCCCUGGGCCUGCCCUUGGCCCGCUGGCGGCGCUACCAGCCCUGGCCCCCGCCCUCCCCCGAGUCACCCCCUGAGGUGGUGGCGGCGACGGAUGCCCUCCCGCCCCCCGGCCUCUAUUUGCUGCCCUCCUUCGUGCUGGCCCCGCCGGGGCAAGGCGAGGAGCAGAGGCUGGAGCGGCUGCGCCAGAGCAAGGUGGAGCUGGAGGAGGUGUUGCCCCCCGAGGCGGGGGAGCCCCGGGUGCUGAGGGGCACCGUGAGGGUGCUCAACGUCUCCUACCGCAAGGCGGUGCACGUGCGGGCCAGCCGGGACCGGUGGCAGAGUCACCGGGACUACCCGGCCCUCUACAUCCCCGACGGCUCGCCGGACGGAGGCCUGACCGACCGUUUCGCCUUCCGCCUGGACUUUGGGGGGGAGGAGGAGGAGGAGGAAGAUGAGGAGGAAGGAGGGGCCCGGCUGGAUUUUGUGGUGCGCUACCAGACGGACGAAGGGGUCUACUGGGCCAACAACCAGGGCCGGAAUUACAGCGUGGUGCUCAAGGGAGCCGGGCCUUCCCUGGGUCAACCCAAGCGGCCUGGCAAAGAGGGCGAAUCGCGACGGCUCAAGAGCUGUAUGAGGCCGAUCAAAAUCAGGUCGAGUGAGAACGAACUGCGGGUCGAAGACAUUUCUCAGCCCACCUGUCUUGAAGAAGGGAACACUGAAAAGGAACUGAGCAGUGAGCCCCUGAAUCCCCCUGCCUUCCAACCCUUUCCUCCUAUGGCCCAGAUUCCAGAGCUCACCAUCACCACCAACUCCCCAGAAAAGAAGGAUCCUUCAAGAGACCGUCUUGUGGAUUUCACUGACUCUCCUCAGCUUCUUGCCCUGAAGGUCCCUCCCGCCUCCCACGAGGAGCUGCAAGUGCCAUGCAUUUUUCCCCCGGGAGCCGAAACCCAUCCCUUGGCACCGUGGGACAUGCCCGAGUUCAGCAAGCGCGACCUCACCACCGAAGGCUCUUUCAUGGAGGAGUGCCUGGAGGAACAGUUAAGGAGGUACCAGGAGCUGCCCCAUCGCUUGGAGGAGGACGCCAUCGACCGAGAGCUGGAGCAGCUUUACCUUUCACACCUGAGCCGGCUCCGAGCAGAGGAGCUCGGCGGGAGAGGCGACUGGGCCGAGGAGGGCUCCGAGAACCCCGACAGCCCUGCACCGUCCCUCAUCGGCUUGCGGCAGAGCGUCCUGACCGACCGUGACCUGAUCGUCAACUGGACAGGCCCGGAGAGAGCGCUGAACAGCUCCCUAGCGGAGGAGAUCACUCUACACUACGCUAAGCAGCGGGGCGACGACUUCCGCAACAGCGAGGAGGAGGGAUUAGCACCCGAAUAUGCAACCCUGGCUCAGCCCGGGCAGGGCCGCGAGAGCCCUCCGGUCUUGCUCGAGGGCUGCUUCCUCAACCACCUGGAAGAGGGGAGCGUCCAGCAGAGUCCCGUCAAGGACCCCGACGACACCUUUGUCAGCUUGAGAGCAGUGCUGCCCAACGUUCUACGGCCCACGGCUCAAGAUGCCGCGGUGAUGCCCCUGGUGGUCCCUGCCCGGACUCCGACACCCUUCCCAAACCACCCCCCAGAGCUGCUCUCCAGCCCUGUCGGGGCCCACGGACAGAGCAAGAGCCAGGGCUUCUUGAUAGGGCAAGGCAGCCUCUGGCUAAGCGAAGGGAAUAAUGUCCUCAAGGCCCGUGAAACCCACCCCAAUUCUCACAGCGAACUCGAAAGGAUCUUGACGCGCUCCCUGCGGUUCCUUGGCCUCUUUGUCUUCCUGCCGGUCGUCUUCAGCAGCUACAUGCCCUUGGUGGCCGUCACCCUGUACCUUCUGCUGGAUCGGUUCUCAUAG